AUGUCCAAGGCCACGAUGAAGUCUUGCGCUCUGCCGUUUGAUGUCCAGUACCUGAUUCUGAGAGAGUUAUCCCAACGCACCCAGUCCCAACUCUCAGAAUCAGACUGGCAGUCAAUAGUCAACGCCCUGUGCGUCUGCCGCCGGUGGUAUGACUGCAUGCGGCGGCUGCUGAUCCAGAACCACCCUGCAUCGACGCUUCUCGAAGUCUGUAAACCAGCUGGGAAAUUCGCACUGGAGCAGCUGGCAGCAGAUUAUACCACACGGGAAAACACUACUACCUCGAGCUGGACACCCACGACAUAUUCAGCAAGAUUGUAUCAAAGGCAAGCGAAAGUGGCCGACAGCAACGUGGGAGACGUGCUGGUCGAGGAUAUUCGAAACUGCAUGUGUGUCGCAGUAUUACUGGGGGAUGUCGACUGCCUAACCACCGCUCUCAAGACAGGCGUUGACCCACGAGACUGCUUCCGUCCAUAUAUAAUAACAGGUGGACAUAUCCCUGUGCUAGAGUUCCUUCUCGACGGAGGAUACAUAAACAUCAACACGCAACCUAAUGGAACAAGCCUACUUGCAGACGCCGUACUCAAUGAGAAGGCCGACGUCGUCAGCUUCCUCCUAGCCCGUGGCGCAGACAUAAAUAUCAGAUUGACUGGAGACUCUGAAACCUCGUUAAGCCCAGUCUCCUAUGCCGCGUCCAGGGACAAUCUUGAAAUACUCAAGAUCCUGCUAUCGCAUGGAGCCGACAUUGAAGAUCCAGAAGCCAACCACCGGCCAAUAUGGUGGGCGAUUUUCCAUCGCAACCUUGACAUGGCGCGUCUGUUUAUCGAGAACGGGGCCAAUCUUAGUCCGGAGAUGCCUGGCGCGUGGCCGUUAUGCGAGGCCGCGAGCACGGGACAUGCUGGGAUGGUGAGGCUGAUGCUGGAGGCAGGCGGGAUGCCCCAGGAUGCUAGUGACGUUGUGCAUCUGUAUUACGAGGUCGUCAUUUGUCCGAAUCCUGAGAUAGACGGGAUAUUUGGUGUAGAUCUAGCUUCGAUCGAGUCUUGA